CUUACCGCCAGCAAUCGUUUCUCUUCACCCAAACUCGAAAUAUUGGUGUUUACAACCUCCCCAAAAUAUAUUGGAUAUUUUAAUUAAAUCAGGUGAUCUGUUCACAUUAGUUGACAACAAUUAAACACUAAUAGUUUAUAGAUUGAAGACUACAAAUAAAUCGUUGGCGAAUUAUCUGCUAUUAUAGAAAGCGUACAAGAUUUCCCAGUGAUCCUACAAUGGCCCUGGUCGCCAACUACGAUAGCGGAGAAGACAUGUCGUCGGACGACGAUGACGUUCCAGUUCCUCCCUCAAUUCCAACAGCAUCAAUUUCUUUACAAACAGCUCAAUCGUCUACAUCACCGUCGUCGUCAAAUAGUGCAGUCGUGUCUUCAUCGUCAUCUCAAACGAAACGUCCUCCAACUUUAGACCCGUUCUUCCAAGACUCUUCAGAUGACGAUGAUGAAGAUGCAUCCUUAACAACAACGAGUAUCGGCCAGUUCCUCCCUAAACCAAAAACUGUGGCUGAUUUUCCACCACCCGUUGAGGAUGAGGAAGGACCAAUUCCACCCAAAAAGACGUACGGUGAUGAAGAAAAACCUCCACCACCACGAAACGACUCGUAUCCCAACAUUAUGACCAAGAAAGUUAAAGGCGUCGUCAGGAUUCAGGCACCAUCUCUUAAAGAUUUUGAAGAUGACGAGGUUUCCGAUAUUGGCAGAAGUAGCAAGUUUACCCAAUCCAUGAUUAAGAAAGGAUCCGGUUUGUUUGCAAUACUUCCGCAACCGAAAGGAUUCACUAGUUUGCCCAAAGAUAUCUCAUUUCUGAAAAAGUCCGCUCCUUCAGAUUCAACGACACCAAACACCAAGGCAUCGUUGUCUGCUUCUUCUUCUGUUGCUGCACCAUCUUCGUCAACAGCGUCGACUCCAUUGCCAAGGUCCCUUAUUCCAGACUCUGUCAAAAAUUUAGGAAAGCGACCACCACCCAGCAAAUUGGAAGAAAUAAAGGCAAAAUACAUGAAGCAAGAAGCCAACGUUGUUAUCGUUAGUCGAUCCGUGGAGAAUAAAAAAGCUCUCCUCGCUGGAGGAAGCUCAAAGGUGAAGAAGGGUGUAAAUGAGGAGAGCGACGACUCUGACGAAGACUCGUCUACUCCCAAUUUCUUUUCUUUUGAAUCCGGUGCGAGUAACGGAAUUGACGAAGAAACACUUGAGAAAUUAAAACUGCCAAUGCCAAAUUUCAAUCAGUUUCCCACAUCGUCAACAAACCAGGCUGAAGAAGCUGACGAAGAUUAUGAUAAUGAAGCCACGGCGUCUAGCAGCAGCACAACAGUCCAACAAGAUUUUAUGAAGUAUGUCCCGAAAAAGAAGGGGAAAGCUGGCAAAGGGGAGUCCGAAAUCAACUUCAUUGAUGUCAAAGCUGACGAUCUCCGACCAGAUACGACGGAAUGGGUCAAAAAUCUUACAGACGAGUCCGCCAUCCCUGUGAGACGAGGCAAAGGUCUUGGAGGCAUGCAAAAAAGAAAACAUCAAAUCACAUAUUUGGCCGUUGAAGCAAAGGCUCGUGAACAAGAAUUGCAACAACAAUGGGCUUCGAAUAGAGCAAACAGACGACAAACUAAAAUGAAGUAUGGAUUCUAAGUAGAAUUAUCUACAUACACGCAUAUAUUCUAGCAAAGUCUGGACUUUGGUCGUGUUGGCUAUUUUUAUAAAUAAAUUUUACUCCCAAGUUAAAUAUUAUUAUAAAUAAUAUAUAAUGAACUUGAAUAAUAAAUUAAUCACAUUUUACAUAGA